AUGUCGGUACCAAAGCGCGUCCUGUUUUUGACCAACAGCGAGUAUGGCCAGGCCAAUGUGGUUUUGGCAGUAGCGUAUGCGCUCCUCCACGCAUCGACAGACAUCGAAAUCCAUAUCGCAUCUUUCAAAGUGCUGGGCGAUGCCGUACGUCUAUUGUCAGAUUACGCCCUCGAGACGGCACCGGAGCCAAAGAGGUCUAAGGGAGUCAUCUUUCAUGAAAUCAAUGGCCAGCCAUACGCCAGAACGCCGCUCACAAGGGAGACUUUUGACUUGAAACCCUCCUUCUACAACACAUCCCGCGUCCUUCUAGCUGUCCCUGAAGUCAUGACGCCGUGGAAUCCAAAAGAAUUUACCGUUAUCUGUGAAGAGGUUGAGCGCAUCCUUGACGAGGUGCAGCCAGACUUGACCCUGGUUGAGCCGCUCUUUUCGCCGGGAUUGACCAUUUGCCAUGAUCUUGGUACCAUCAAGUGGAUGGUCAUGGCCCCGAACACAAUCAAAGAUUUCGCCGUGCCGGUGCAACCAGCGCUUGCGGCUUUGUGGAAAUAUCCUUUGGUUUGCUCAGCACUACCAUUUCCGCUACCAUGGCAUCUAAUCCCAUACAACAUUGCUCUUAACCUAGUCGCAGGAUACAUGGUCUUGACUGAUAAGCGCGUGGCCGACGUCUCGGCUGCUGUUAAAAGUCGCUUUGGACCUGGCGUUCAGCUCAUCACGGCCAAUGAGCUCGGUGUCCUCAAGGCGCCUCCGGCAGGCGUGCGCUUCCUGGUGGCCAAUACUGCCGAACUAGAUUAUCCAUUUACACGCCUCCCUGAAUACAUAAUCCAGUGUGGCCCAAUCGUGCGCGCAACCAAGUCUCUCUUGGAGGUGGACCCGGGCCUGCACUCGUGGUUGGAACGUGGACCCGCCGUAUAUAUCAACCUGGGCACCUACCUGACGGCCACGGCUGACGAGGCGGCCGAGCUGGCGGGUGCACUUCAUGAUCUUCUCCAUGAAGCCGACCGGAUAGGCUACAGGACCAAAGGUGCCCGACUUCGAGUUCUCUGGAAACUAGGCCGCAAGGACCGGGCGGACGAAGAUGGCCGGCCUGUCCAGUCCAGUGACCAGGACUGGACGGGCCCAUGGGAGAAGGUGGCCAGCCUGUUGAGAGCAGAGAUGGACACGGACCGCGCUCGGAUUACCGGCUGGUUUACCGCGGAACCCAAAUCCAUCAUUGAAUCCCAGAAUAUCAUAUGUUCGGUUCACCAUGGUGGUGCCAGCUCAUUCAACGAAGCAUUGUGUGCCGGAGUUCCACAAGUCUUGCUGCCGCCAUGGGCAGACUGCUACGACUUUGCCAACAGGGCCGAACUCUUGGGCGUUGGGGUGUGGGCGAACAAGAACAGCACACCGAGAUGGAAGCGCAAGGAAUUAGCCUCGGCCUUGAUCAAGGUCAUCCUUGGCCCUGACUCGGAGGGAUUCAAAUCCAAAGCAGCGGAAUUCGCGCUCAAGUAUCCGGAGAAUUCAGGAAGGGACAAGGCGGCCAAAGAGAUACUGCAAGCCUUGUGA